GCGGAAGGGGAGACUGGACUUCCCUUCCCCUCGCUCCGGAAGUAGUAGUGGGUUUAUCCUCCGGCCCCAAGUCGGAAGUAUCUGUGGGUGUUUCUCGCUUGCUCCGCGGCGCAGCGGGGUCCGGCGGGAGCAGGUUUUCCUGUCAAUGGAUGUCACUUGACUUUUUCCUUCACCACUGUGAGCCUGGUCUGCUGAUUGUAUAGCAAGCAUGAGUGGCUCCAAGCCUGAUAUUCUGUGGGCUCCACACCACGUUGAUCGAUUUGUUGUAUGUGAUUCUGAACUGAGCCUCUACCUCAUUGAGUCUGCUGUGAGUUCGGAACCCAAAGCAGGAUCCUUGCGAUUGUCAGAAGAAACUGCUGCUACAUUGUUAUCAAUAAACUCAGACACACCCUACAUGAAAUGUGUGGCUUGGUAUCCUAAAUACGAUCCGGAAUGUCUCCUAGCUGUUGGACAGGCCAAUGGCAGAGUUGUUCUUACCAGCCUUGGACAGGAUCACAACUCAAAAUCCAAAGACUUGAUAGGCAAAGAAUUUGUUCCAAAACAUGCCCGACAAUGUAAUACCCUAGCAUGGAAUCCACUGGACAGUAACUGGCUUGCUGCUGGCCUAGAUAAACACCGGGCUGACUUUUCAGUACUGAUUUGGGAUAUCAGUAGCAAAUACACUCCAGAGACUGCAGUUGCCACAGAGAAAGUAAGACUUUCAGCUGGUGAUACUGAAUCAGGGCUGGUAGUCACAAAGCCACUUUAUGAACUGGGACAGAAUGAUGCUUGUCUUUCUCUUUGUUGGCUUCCACGGGAUCAGAAGCUUCUUUUAGCUGGAAUGCACCGAAACCUGGCUAUCUUUGACCUUAGGAACACAAGCCAAAAGAUGUUUGUGAAUACUAAGGCUGUCCAGGGGGUAACUGUAGACCCGCAUUUCCAUGAUCGUGUGGCUUCCUUCUAUGAAGGCCAGGUUGCCAUAUGGGACCUCAGAAAAUUUGAAAAACCUGUUUUGACCCUGACAGAGCAACCAAAGCCCCUAACAAAAGUAGCAUGGUGUCCAACAAGAACUGGACUCCUAGCUACUUUAACCAGGGAUAGUAACAUCAUUAGAUUGUAUGACAUGCAGCAUACUCCCACGCCUAUUGGAGAUGAAACAGAGCCUACAAUCAUUGAAAGAAGUGUGCAGCCAUGUGACAAUUACAUUGCUUCCUUUGCGUGGCAUCCUACAAGUCAAAAUCGAAUGGUAGUUGUUACUCCCAACAGAGCGAUGUCUGACUUCACUGUCUUUGAAAGGAUUUCUUUGGCAUGGAGUCCAAUAACUUCCUUAAUGUGGGCAUGUGGCCGACACUUGUAUGAAUGCACAGAGGAAGGAAAAGCUAGUUCUUUAGAAAAAGAUAUAGCCACCAAAAUGCGUCUGAGAGCUUUAUCCAGGUAUGGCCUCGAUACUGAGCAGGUCUGGAGAAAUCAUCUUCUAGCUGGAAAUGAAGAUCCUCAGCUGAAGUCGCUUUGGUACACUCUGCAUUUUAUGAAGCAGUAUACUGAAGAUAUGGAUCAGAAACUUUCAGGGAACAAAGGCCCCUUAGUUUACGCAGGCAUCAAAUCAAUUGUGAAGUCAUCUUUGGGAACAACAGAGAACCUCAGGCAUAGUCGGAGUGGAUCUGAUAGGCAGGCAGAUAUUAUUCAAUACCUAAGUGAGGAAAGAUCCUUGGCCCUGCAGCUCUGUGGAUGGAUAAAGAAGGGCACAGAUUUAGAUGUGGAACCCUUCCUAAAUUCUUUGGAACAAGAAGGAGACUGGGAGCGAGCUGCUGCAGUAGCACUUUUCAACUUGGAUAUACGGCGAGCAAUACAGAUAUUAAAUAAAGGAGCUUCUUCAGGAAAAGGUGAUCUGAACCUCAAUGUAGUAGCAAUGGCCUUAUCAGGCUAUACAGAUGAGAAGAACUCCCUUUGGAGAGAAAUGUGCAGCACUUUAAGAUUGCAGUUAAACAACCCCUACUUGUGUGCUAUGUUUGCUUUUCUGACAAGUGAGGCUGGUUCAUAUGAUGGAGUUUUGUAUGAAAAUAAUGUAGCAGUAAGAGACAGAGUGGCAUUUGCUUGUAAGUUCCUCAGUGAUGCUCAGUUGAAUAGAUUUAUUGAGAAGCUGACAAAUGAAAUGAAAGAUGCUGGGAAUCUGGAGGGAAUCCUGUUAACAGGACUGACAAAAGAUGGAGUAGACCUAAUGGAAAGCUACGUUGAUAGAACUGGGGAUGUUCAGACAGCAAGCUAUUGUAUGUUGCAGGGUUCCCCAUCAGAUGUGCUUAAGGAUGAGAGGGUUCAAUACUGGAUUGAGAACUACAGAAAUUUGUUGGAUGCUUGGAGGUUCUGGCAUAAACGAGCAGAGUUUGAUAUUCAUAGGAGUAAGCUGGAUCCCAGUUCAAAACCUUUAGCCCAGGUGUUUGUGAGUUGCAAUUUCUGUGGGAAAUCAAUAUCUUACAGCUGUUCAGCCAUACCUCAUCAAGGGCGGGGUUUUAGUCAAUAUGGUGUGAGUGGCUCACCAACCAAGUCAAAGGUUACUAGCUGUCCUGGUUGUCGCAAACCUCUUCCUCGCUGUGCACUUUGCCUUAUAAAUAUGGGCACACCAGUUUCCAGUUGUCCAGGAGGUUCCAAAUCUGAUGAAAAGGUGGACCUUAGCAAGGACAAGAAAUUAGCCCAGUUCAACAACUGGUUUACUUGGUGCCACAACUGUAGGCAUGGUGGGCAUGCUGGACACAUGCUCAGCUGGUUCAGGGACCACACCGAGUGCCCAGUUUCUGCAUGUUCGUGUAAGUGUAUGCAGUUGGAUACAACAGGGAAUCUUGUGCCAGCGGAGAUUGUCCAGACAUAAAGCAUUAGAACUUCAAAUUUGGACUUUGUUAAUAUGUCUUUCACAACCUAAACACAUACCUCCAGAGCAAGUUUCUUAUGACUCAUCUAUGCUGGGAAAAUGAAAUUGCUAUCAGAUCAGCAAUUUGAUGUGUUAAUAGAUUUGAUAUGCAUCAUAGAGCCAGGUGUUACUGGAAUAUGCCUAUAAGUGGGCUGAAGUAGUUCAUUCCAGAUGCACUUGCAGAAAAUUUGCUGAAAUUUGGAACACUCUUCACAGAGAUUUUCAGCAGAAUGCUGACCUGUCCUUGGGAUUUCCAUUCAAUGUGAGCCAGCAUCACGAAGUGUUUGGUGGAAGUUUUUGUCUUUUCAAAUAGAUGUUUGAAGGUUGUUGAGAGAAUACUUGAGUCUUGCUGGGGAUUGAUUCAUCAUCACUACUCAUUAAAUGCAAAGAAUGACUGUAUUGAAGAGUGCACCUAACUAUUGAAAUAUUUUCUGUGGAUUUUUGCUCUGAAGAAAAGAUGCUUCUUUUUUCUGUAUUCAUAGUUUUUUUAAUGCUAAGACAGUAUCAGUGCAAGUUAAGGUCUUAUUUAUUGGCUUUAACUACACGUCUGGCUGUUUUGAAUGGUAAUUCUUAAUUCAACCCUUUUUAUUUCUCUAAUAGAAAAGUCCCUAAAAAUGAUGUAUAGAAUAUAGGUCAAUUCUGAUUAUUAUGAAAGGAUUCUCAAAGUCCACCAUGCUUUGUAAAAAUCAGUUUAAGCUGAAGUAUUGAUUAUUGGACCCCCAUAUGAAUUUUAGCUAUUUCUGGGGUUUGAGUAUUCAGACUGGAAAAACAGGGUGUAGCUGCACUUUUAAGAUAUUCUAAAAGGAAAGUGUAAAAUACACUAACUUAAAUUCUGCUUCAGGUCACUAAGGGACAUUGAGCAAACUCUUAGAGCUGCAGUUUCAAGUCUUUGAUUUAAAACCUGUUUCAGAGGUAUUUUGCUAGUUGGGAUUAAAAUUCAUUAAUAACACAUGAGAGCGAUUGAAAGUCACCUUGCUAUAUUAUACUUGGAUCUAGUCAGUGUUUUAUCCAUGGUUUUUCUUUUUUAAAAGCAACAAAAUUCACAACAAAAGCACGCAAAUUUGAAGAAGUUUGUUUUGAGAUACGUGGUGGUGGUGAUGAUAGUUUAUUUGGAAAGGUGUAUUUUAUUUGCUAGUAAAAGUAACAUGGUUGACACUUACAUAUCAACAUAUAGUUGAAGAUGUAAUAAAGUGGUAUAUCACUGCCAGUACUGUGAAAAGAAAUUGGUGUUUGAAAAUAGGAUAUACAGUAAAAUACAACUGGUUAUAAGUGUUGUACUGUGUCUUGCACCAAGACUGAAAGUAAAAAACUAUUACCCUGUAAAUUUUGUAUAUGAUGCAUCAUAGACCUUGUUUUCUUGUGGAACCUAUUAAUAUCAUGUACUUAAUACAGUUACUCUAAAAUGGUUGCCUAAUUCAUAGUCUUAAUUUUUAAACUAAAAUGAAAAAGGUUCAAACACUGGUACAAAGGCUUUCUUACAAGGGUAAGUUAAGGUCUUCCUUAUUAUCAGCUAAUACUUCUGUUGGUCCAGUUAUAUUUUUCACCCUUUCUGUUACUUAUCGACAGAACUUUUCCAGCUGAAAUAUUCUCUGUUAAUAAAUAUAAAAUAGUGCUUGUAAAAUACCAUGUAAAGUACUAUUUUUCUUAUAUAGUAUCAGUGACAUCAUAUUUAUGUUUCAUUUUACAAGAAUUUUAAAAUGACAAGGAUGUAUUUUUAUUCCACAACUACUGAUCUUCAAUAUCGUCUUUAUCUGAGGUAAACAUGUACUCAUUUGAAUGCGUUUUAGUCACUCCCAUGCAUUUUGUUUCAAAUUUCAGUACUUCUCGGAAAUUAGAUUACCUUUUUUGGUCCUCUGCAUAGUUCCUAAGAAUGUAAGGAUCCCUACUAGCAGUAGAUCCAGUAAAAUUACGAGUUUUGGCUUGUGGAUUUGAUUCUGAAGUUUGCAGAUGGAUAAUGUGUAUCCUUUUUUAAAAUAAGUUUAAUAGAGCACAAGAAGCAUGACUAACAUUCGAAUCAUGUUACCAUUGUUUCUUCUGUGAUGGUUUUAAAAUAAGAGUUGUGGUUUAGUCUAUUGAUUUGUUCCUUUAGCCUGAAUUACUACUUCAAUCUCUUGUUUAAUUGUCUUUCAGUAUUCUACUGAUACCACAGAAGAACACCCUACCACAACAUUUAUGUGCAACUUCCAUUAAUUAAAUUGGUUUCCAAUAGGCUGUUUUGAUUUAGUGAAUUCUUAUACCCCAUUUGU